GGUUUGGUUGCUGGUCCGAGGCUGUUCGGGCCUGAUCGGCAGGUAACAGUGAUCAGGUAAAUUAGGGUGGCCCCUAAAAAGAAAAGGGAGAGUUGAAACAAAACCAUAAAUUCAUUAAAGUGAUCAACUUUGAUCUGUAAGUGAAACACAAGGCAGUCCAUUAAAUGCUCUGCCCUGUUAGGGACCAGUCUAAAGCGGCAGGUAAACUCAGAGCGUUCCUCCCGUCCAUUAAGCCACAGAUAAUGGUCACAUAUGUACGUACGUACGUACAUAUUGUGUAUACAUAUAUUCAUUUUCGGGUUUGCCUGGUUUGCAUUAUUUUCAGAAUUUUCAGCGUCUUUGUUUCAGUUAUACGAGAGCUGGCGCAAUGAGCAGUAGCCACCUUUUACGCGCCCUGCGACGCACAUUGGGCCUGGGCCGUUGCCAGCUACCGGUUGAUGGCCGUAAUGUAAUACUCAUCACCGGUUGUGAUUCGGGCUUGGGCCACUGCCUGGCUGUCUACUGUCACAAUGUGCUCGCCAUGACGGUCGUCUCCUGCUGCCACAACCUACAGUCGGAUGGGGCACGCCUGCUCCAGCAAUUGAGUUCGCGGAUGCACACCUUAGAGUUGGAUCUGCUGCAGCCGUGCUCCAUACGGCUUGUGCAUGACAGACUUCAGGACAUACUGGCGGAGGAUUCCAGCUACCAGCUGACGGCUCUCGUCAACAAUGCGGGCGUGAUGUGCUUCGGGGAGUUCGAAUGGCAGGUGCCCGAACAAAUUGAGAUGCAGAUCAAUUGCAAUCUGCUGGGAACCAUGCGAUUGACGCGCCAGCUGUUGCCGCUGCUGAGACAGCAGCGGGGACGGAUCAUCAACGUGACCAGUCACUGUGGACUGCAGGCCCUGCCGGCUCUCGCGCCCUAUGCCGCCUCCAAGGCGGCGCUGCGCUUUUGGACGGACUCCUUGCGCAUCGAACUGCAGCAGUAUGGCAUGGAGGUGGUCAACUUUAUACCCGGCUCCUUUGUCCUGGACAGCAACAUAGCGGCACGCCAGCAGCAGCACGCACAGCGGAUGCGCGAAGGUUUCAGUGCGGAGCAGCACGCCCACUACGAUGUCUACUUUGAGCAGUUCAAUGGUUAUCUGAAAAUCGUCUCGGGCUACAAGGCGCCCAACCAGCUGAAGGAUGAGAUGCUGCUGGCCAAGUUCAAGGACGCGCUGACGAGCACACAACCAUCGGCGCUGUACAUACACGAGCCCUGGCGAUAUCGUCUGUAUCGUUGGCUCUUUUGUGUCUGUCCCACGCCGCUCGUGGACUGGCUUACCCUGCGGUUCUGUGCGAUGCCCACAUAUGAAACAAGCGGCGCGAAGAUUGGGUAGUUGGUAGUCUAAAAAUUUACUGGAGCACAUUGAGAUACUUGGCAAGGGCUGUGGCUAAUAAAAUUGAGUAAAAUGCACGCAGCGGUCUGCCUGUCU